AUGUGGACAGCUUUUCAGCAGCAUCCCCUCAGCUACAACACUGGCAUCAGCGCGUGCGGGAAGGUCAGCUACAGCGCUGUGAUCAGCGCGUGCGAGAAGGGCGAGCAGUGGCGGCUGGCUCUGGCGCUGCUCAGCAAGAUGUGCGAGUCGAAGCUGGAGCCCGACGUCAUCUCUUAA